AUGUCUUUUUACCACCCAAAUACCCACAACCACAAGCCAUCAUUGAACCCAAUUCAUUCCAAGCCUUCCCCUUUUCAUAUGUACCGCCAACCCGAAACUCAACCUAUCUCAGAAGAACAAUUGAUAGACGAAGUACGACGAAUCUACGCAGGCUUGGUGAUGGUUGAGAAAAAUUGUGUCGAAAUCGAUCAGCACACCAGGUGUAUCAGUAAGCUCUCAUCGCAACACUGGAAAGCUUUUCUUGCCCUCCACAGGACUCUUCUUCAUGAGCAUCAUGAUUUCUUUCUGGCAUCACAACACCCUUCGGCCAGUCUGGUCCUGAAGAAUCUUCCUUUCAAAUAUGCCAUGACAGCGCGAAUGUGGAGGCGUGGAAUUCAUUCAUUCCUAGGGCUGUUGAGUCGCCGUCUCCCAAACUCCCCGGAUCAGAUGUUGUACUCCAUUAAUCCGGUAUAUUCCAUUACCGGAGUGCCCAUGGAUGGAACACCUUCUAUUGAUGACGCCUGGAUUGAAUGUCUUGGUGAUUUGGCUAGGUAUCGAAUGGCGGUUGAGGAAAAAUGGAUUAAGUGGUUUGGUGAUCCAGUUAGGUAUCGAAUGGCUGUUGAGGACCCAAGGAUUGAGUGCCUUGGUGAUCUGGUCAGGUAUAGAAUGUCUGUUGAGAUUCCUGGAAUGGGUCACCGUGAAGAUUCCCAAAAUGUUGCAGCUGCAGUAGCUCAAAGGAGGUACAAUAUCGUUGCUAUCCUUGCUCUCAUCAAUUUUCCCCAGCAUCUGUUCUAUUUCAAAUCUCUAGCCAACAUCUACAUUCCCCGAAACAGUCUCUACACUUCCCUUAUUACUUUCCUCGAUGGUGUAGGACCCCACCACCGACAGACUCACAUUCCUCUCCUCUCGACCGAAGCUGACUAUUACCAGUGUCAACUUGGUGUCAAGUUCGAUGGAAAUGAGGCGGCUAGGUUGUCUCCUAAACUAUUAAUCCAUGCGUCUGAUCUAAGAUCUAAUUAUUUAUUCUACUCCAUCGAAAGCUUUGAUCUUGGAAAUUACGUUGCUCAGCUUUUCACUCGUUUGCCACUUUUUCUGCCGUUUUCAUUCGAUGGAAGAUGGUUCAAGGGCCAUCAGCAUGACUGGGUGGACUCCAGGAGCGCCGGGAUCGUCUCCAGCAAUACCAACUGGAUUAUUGAUCAAGCGGUCCAACAGUUUUGCUGUAGCUUGAAGCUGUCAUCCCUCUUAAUCGUGUUGAUAUUUUCAUCCUGCUGUUCCGCCUAUCCCGCCAACCAGGCUGAGCAUAAGGACACGAAACCCAAUCCUAACGGUCUGAGUUCUGACGAUGUUAUUUUAAUUGUGUUCGCCAUCCUUUCCGUUCCUAUAUGCUUCCUUCUAGGGCAGCGGCGAGGACAGGCUCGUGCUUUUGGUACCUCUAUGGUAGCCUUGAACAUUGCCAACUUAAUGACAGGCAGUGACCCUCUUAUUUCCCCAGUUGGCCAUUGGGUGGCCCUUGGGCUUUCCUUCACCUUCACGGCUAUCUUCGCUGGAUUACUGGCGAAGCGAUUUCCUCAUAUUACCCGCAGUUUUGCUCAUACAAUUGGAUUUCUGACGGUGGUGUGGAUUGUGAACUAUUUGUUGAACCAGAGCUCUGGCUCCGGCGGCUCUGGUGGAGAUCAAUCGGAUUCUUCAUGUCACUUUCUUCUUUUCUCAAUAGCUUUCACCCUGAUCUGCUGGUGGAAGGUUGCGGAUUCGUCAGCUCCACCUCCAAUUUUAGAGGAAGGAAACAUUCCAGGUUCUAUUCCUCUCAGCAUGAUUAGACCCAGUCGAAAUUAA